UUCCGCGUUUUCUGGAGCCUGGACCUUCCAGCGUGGGUUCUAAUUAGGAGAAGCAGACCCCUCCUGCCCAGCCCGGACCCCGCGAUGCCCGCCCCGCAGUGCGCCACCUGCCACACGGCGCGCGCCGCCCUCCGCCGCCCGCGCUCUGGCCACGCGCUGUGCGGCGCCUGCUUCUGCGCCGCCUUUGAGGCCGAGGUGCUGCACACGGUGGUCGCGGGCCGCCUGCUGCCGCCCGGCGCCGUGGUGGCCGUGGGCGCCUCGGGCGGCAAGGACUCCACGGUGCUGGCGCACGUGCUGCGGGCGCUGGCGCCGCGCCUGGGCAUCUCGCUGCGCCUGGUGGCCGUGGACGAGGGCAUCGGCGGCUACCGGGACGCGGCGCUGGCGGCCGUGCGGCGCCAGGCGGCGCGCUGGGAGCUCCCGCUCACCGUCGUGGCCUACGCCGACCUCUUCGGGGGCUGGACGAUGGACGCCGUGGCCCGCAGCACGGCCGGCUCCGGCCGCAGCCGCGCCUGCUGCACCUUCUGCGGGGUGCUGCGACGCCGGGCGCUGGAGGAAGGGGCCCGCCUGGUGGGAGCCACGCACAUCGUGACGGGCCACAACGCCGACGACAUGGCGGAGACGGUGCUCAUGAACUUCCUGCGGGGCGACGCGGCGCGGCUGGCCCGGGGCGGGGGCCUGGGCUCGCCGGGCGAGGGGGGCGCCCUGCCGCGCUGCCGCCCGCUGCAGCUGGCCUCGCAGAAGGAGGUGGUGCUGUACGCGCACUUCCGCCGCCUCGACUACUUCUCCGAGGAGUGCGUCUACGCGCCCGAGGCCUUCCGCGGCCACGCGCGCCACCUGCUCAAGCUCCUGGAGGCGGCGCGGCCGUCGGCGGUGCUGGACCUCGUGCACUCGGCCGAGCGCCUGGCGCUGGCCCCGGCCGCGCGGCCCCCGCCCCCCGGCGCCUGCUCCCGCUGCGGCGCGCUGGCCAGCCGCGCGCUCUGCCAGGCCUGCGCGCUCCUGGAAGGCCUGAACCGCGGCCGGCCCCGCCUGGCCAUCGGCAAGGGCCGCCGGGGGCUGGACGAGGCGGGGCCGCCGCCGGACCGGGAGCGGGAGCGGGAGCGGGCCCCCGCCUCGGACGCAUCCCUGCCUUCUAGGGACUCCGGUUCCCGCCGGGAUCCGCCGCCUGGGAGCGCGGGGCUGCCUGUAAACGACACUGAAUAAACCCGGUUACCUUCUC